AUGGGUUUCAAGUCUUACUACCAAUGGGCUACUCUCGCCCUGGCUGUGACUGCUGCUGCCCAAACUACCACCAGCUGCAACCCUAUGAAGAAGACUUGCCCAGCAGACACAGGUCUAAACAAGUACCGUCUAAACACCGACUUCACCUCCGGAUCCCUAGGUCGCUGGAAUACCACCGCCGGCACCGUAACCAGCACCGACCUCGGCGCCAAGUUCACCAUCUCGGAGCAGGGAGACGCCCCCACAAUCGAAAGUGAAUUCUACAUCUUCUUCGGCCAUGUCGAUGUCAAUAUGAGAGCCGCAAACGGUACCGGUAUCGUCAGCACCUGGAUCCUAGAGUCUGACGACCUAGACGAGAUCGAUUGGGAACAAAUCAGCACCUGGGACACCGAAAUCCAAACCGACUACUUCGGCAAAGGCAACACAACCUCAUACGACCGCGGCACAACCGUAACCGUCUCAACCCCCGAAGAAACAUUCCACACCUACUCAAUCGACUGGACGUCAGAGCGCAUCGAGUGGCUCCUCGACGGCGAAGUCGUGCGCACACUCAACUACGCCGACGCCGUCGACGGCACAAACUACCCCCAAACACCCAUGCGCAUCCGCAUCGGUAUCUGGGCCGGCGGUGAUCCAGAUAACUCCGAGGGCACGAUUGAGUGGGCCGGCGGCGAGACUGAUUACACCGAGGGUCCUUUCUCCAUGUAUGUGGAGUCGGUCGAUAUCAUCAACUACAACCCGGCUUCGGCGUACAAGUAUACUGAUAAGACUGGGGAUUAUACGAGUAUCAAGGCUACAAACGCUACUAUGUCGACUAACUUGAGCUCGUCGAACUCUAGCUCGAUUGUUGCUUCGAGUAGGACUUCUGCUUCGGCGAAGGCUAGUUCGUCUUUGGUUGGUUCUUCGUCAGCUUCGGCUUCGGCGGCGGCUUCUUCUAGUAGUUUUGUCUCUGCUGCUCCGGCUUCUUACUAUACUUCUGCUUUUGCCACUGCUGUGGUAUCUAUCGUUGCUGGCUUGCUUCAACUUUAG